AGUUCUUCUGCUCUGUGUUUAUAAUUCAAUCUCGGAGUGAAGGUUUGGCAAAGCUCCGGCGUUCCUCCGUCAAGAUACAGCCUGCGCUGCAGAGACUCACAUUUUCCUCAUGCGGGAGCUGCGUACAGCUGAUCCACUAGACUGCUGAUCUCCUGUCUGAGAAACAACGCACAGGGAAGGCAACGGAAGGGAGGGAGUCAGGGAAAUAAAGCACCGUCCUCCUUAUGCGUUAUGUUGGGCAAUAGAAAGAAAGCAGCCUCGGUGGUGAAGAAUGGAGCCGGGACGUCCGAGUGCAAGGCCAUCGAUCCCCUGAGGAAUCUGGGAGUGGAGGAUAAUGAAGAUGUGAGGCAGAUGAUGCAGGGCUCCAGUAUGGUAAAGGUCCGCUCGCCUCGCUGGCAGAAGCGACGAACGCUGAAGCUGCUGGGAGACGGUGUCACUGUCUGGUGUCAGUCCCACAAAACCUCCAGCCGGGCCAAGGAACAACAGUCCUUCUCUGUCAUGGAUGUGGAGUGCAUUCGUGAGGGUUGCCAGUCAGAGACAUUGCGUCGAAUGGCCGGCUCAGUACCUGAGGACCGGUGUUUCACUGUGGUCUUCAAAGGGUCCCGCAAGAGCCUGGAUCUCCUCUGCCAGAGUCAGAAGGAGGCUCAGUACUGGACCCGUGGCAUCCGAACCCUGCAGGAGAGGGUGAACAACAUGACCCAGAAGGAGAAACUUGACCACUGGAUUCAUGCUUUCCUGAGUCGGGCCGACCAGAACCACGAUGAUAAGAUGAGCUACGAAGAAGUCCAGACACUGCUGCAGAUGAUCAAUAUUGACCUGAGUAAUCAGUAUGCCCUCAGCCUCUUCCAGAAAUGUGACCGGUCAGCCGACGGUCGUCUGGACCAGACAGAGAUUGAAAUUUUCUGCAGGGAGUUGUUACGGAGACCGGAGCUGGAUGCUGUGUUUAUUCAUUACUCUUCAAAUGGCUGUGUGCUUUCCACUGUGGACCUGAGGGAUUUCUUCGAGGACCAGGCGGAGGACGCUUCACUCAUCCAUGCUCAAAGUGUCAUACUCACCUAUGAAGUUAAUGAGUGGGCCCAAAGGAACCAGUUCAUGACUCCCAAUGGUUUCACCAUGUACAUGCUGUCAAAGGAGAACUGUGUGUUUAACCCGGAUCAUGCUAGGGUUUAUCAAGACAUGAAACACCCACUGACACACUACUUCAUCUCCUCCUCCCACAACACCUACCUCACUAAGGACCAGCUGACUGGAGACAGCAGCACAGAGACUUACAUCCGUGCCCUGAAGCAUGGCUGCCGUUGUGUUGAGCUGGACUGUUGGGAUGGAGAUAAAGGAGAGCCAGUCAUCUACCAUGGACACACACUCACCUCCAAAGUGCCUUUUGUCGAAGUCAUUGAGACUAUCAAGGAAUAUGCUUUUAAAGCAUCUCCUUACCCUCUGAUCCUGUCCCUGGAGAACCACUGUUCUGUGGAGCAGCAGACAGUAAUGGCUCGACAACUGCGAUCCAUCCUGGGAGACAAGCUGCUCACGAAGCCCCUCAGUGAUCUGGACCCUUACAUCAUGCCUUCCCCAGAGGCUCUUAAGGGUAAAAUCCUGGUGAAGGGGAAGAGGGAGCGUGUGGUGGAGGAGUGCUCCUCCUGCUCUUCAGACCUCAGCUCGUCAGACGACGAGGCCAGCCACAACGAAUGCAAACCCUCGACAAAGAACGAGGACAAGAAGCCAGGUGUGUCUAAGCUGAGUCCAGAGCUGUCAGAGCUGGUGGUGUACACCUGCAGUGUCCACUUUAAAAGCUUUGAACAAGCAGCUAAAAACCCAGCAACUGACAUGUCCUCAUUCUCGGAAAGUGAAGCGCUUAGGCACAUUAAGGACUCAGGGAUGCAUUUUGUGCGUCACAACUGCCACCAGCUCAGCAGGAUCUACCCCUCAGGCCAGCGCCUCCAGUCCUCCAACUACAACCCCCAGGAGAUGUGGAACGGAGGUUGUCAGAUUGUUGCUUUGAAUUUCCAGACACCUGGUGAGCAGAUGGACCUAAACCAAGGCCGGUUCCUGCAGAAUGGUCAGUGUGGCUACAUCCUGAAGCCUCCCUUCAUGUGUCAGCCUGACACCACGUUCAACCCGGAGAAUGUUGGUGGAGGUCCUGGCCACAGACCUGUCCUGCUCACUGUUAAGAUUAUUUCAGCUCAGCAGCUCCCAAAACCUGAAUGGGACAAGCCUAGCUCCAUUGUGGACCCUCAGGUGUGGGUGGAGAUACAUGGUGUUCCCAUAGACAACAAUAAGAAGAAAACCCAUCAUGUUGACAACAACGGUUUUAAUCCGCGGUGGGACUGUACCUUUAACUUUACUGUCCAUGUCCCUGACCUGGCUCUGGUUCGCUUCAUGGUGGAAGACUAUGAUUAUACUUCAAGAAAUGACUUCCUAGGACAAUACACCCUGCCUUUUACAAGUCUCCGUACAGGUUAUCGUCAUGUCCGACUGCUCAAGCUGGAUGGCUCCAGCCUUUCGCCGGCCUCACUCUUCGUCCAUGUUAAGGUCACCCAAUGUCAGAGCGGUCCCCCAAAAUCAUCAGCUACAUCAUUGGCCGGGUCACCGACCAAGUCUUAAGCCAAGAAACCCUAAUCCCAUCUCUACAACAUAGCAUCAUGACGCAUGGAGGCCACCAUGGGAAGAUCCCAGGACAUGUCUGCACAAAAAAUCUGGGCUCUCAUUUAUGAAACCUAAUGGUUAUAACCUUGUCUUGCAAAUUCUUCAGCUAUAUCCUCAACCUGUCUAUAUUUUAUACAAAAAGGGUUAAUGUGUUGUUGCAAAAAUGCAAACAGUCAAACUGACUAGUAUUUCUAACUUAUGAAGAAGAAAGAAAACACUGUUAUGCUCACAGGGUGUUACAGCAGUAUGUUAUCUUCCCAAGGGUGUGUAAAGAAAACAAAACAGAGAUACAAUCAGGGAGGUAAAUACCAUCAGUGAUGACCCAAAUGUCAGUUUUGGGUACAGUUAGUGGUUUUAACUGCACUCCCAACCUGAGUCACUGUGAAGCCUAAACUGUCUCUUUAAUCUCUUAUUUAAUGGAGGCAUGAUUCUCAGAGCAGGACUCGAGAACUUAUUGGCCAUUGAACCAGCCUGCAGAAGGCAUAAUAUAUAUUAAUAUAUUCUAUUAAUAAUAUAUUAAUGUAUUAAUCUACAAGACCAUGACCAACGUUUGGUGCUAGAUUUUGUCGCUACAUUUUGAACAAAUAAGUCUCCCAGCUAACCUCUCAAACUUGUUCAAUCUUAAGCCUUCUGCUGGAAGGAUUAUUUUAUAAUUACAUGGAUCUUUUUUCGGGUCUAUUUUAUCAGAUUUUAAAAAUGCCUUCUGCUAUGUGAUUUGGACAAUACUUAGUGUAGUGAAGAAGUGAUCCCUUCCUAAUGUGACUCUGUUGUAAAAGAUGGGGGACAUAAUCCAUUCAUCAUUCUGUGCAAAAAUGCAUUCUGAAUUUCAGCUGAAGCUACUGUGAUAUGUGGCUUUAGGAGUCUGGAGGCACUAGUAUACUUAUAAGACAGUGCUUGUCAGAUUUUCAGAACAGCAUCCGAAACUUGUCCCCACAACCUUAAGAUCAUUGUAAGUGGGUGGGGCACUGCCUUUGACAAUUUUUUAAUUACUUUUCUGAAACCAACAAUCCAACAAGCCUGCCCACUUCACGCAGCAUCUGGCCAGGUGUGCAGUAGUGAGAAAGUCGGGAAGAUUAGAUUUAUUAUGUAAAGUUUUCUUUUUUCAUUCUUCGAACAACCAUGUUCUGUCACUUUUUGUACAAAUAACUGUCUGAAGCUGUAUGCAGUAAUCCCCAUUUGUGCAUUUAUUUAUCUAUCAGUAUAAUUACGCUGUUCCCAGGGAUACUUCUAGCAAGAAGUCUGUAAAGAUUCUCAGUCAUCCAGGUCAUAGUUAUCCAAGUCUAGUUGCCCUUGAUUUUAACCUUCCUUGCAUUCUAAUUCUAUUCGAAUUUCAAACUAAAAUGCAGCAACUUUGGAAGAUACCCAUGCGUCAUAUUAGUUUUCGCUAGCUUUCUUACAGUGGUCACAUUAGAACGCAUCUGUUCACAGCCUGUAUGAACAGGAAGAAUCAACAUACCUAUGGCAUUUUCAGAAGCUUUUGUCCGCAUGAUAUUUGUUGCCUUUACAUACACCUUAGUAACCAUGUUAUUUUGCUUUAGUGUGUAUGUCUGUGUCAUAGGGGGCCUAAAACACGAAGAGAAGACAUGCAGACUGACUGAGUGGUGUAAGUGUGUGAUUUUAAGUCAUAGACAGAUGUUCAGCAGAGGCUGCAGGCAUUUUCCAGCAGUAAAUUGCUUGUCCUUUCAUCCACCUGCUCCACUGUUACUGGCCCUGUCUUAAGUAUUUCAUAAUGCACAUGCGUGCUUGUCAAAAUCUGAUUAGAAACCCGGUUACCUGUAUACAUAGCAGAGAAAUGACGGUUCUCCAGGAGAAAUGUUUCUAAUCUCCUACCCUGAUUACAGAAAUCCGGUUUAUAUUUUUUUCAUUUACAUGACAGAAGCUGACUGAUGACUGACACACACGUUGCCUCCUUUGGGUUUUCAAUCACUCCCCCAUAUAUAACCAGUUAUUACAUGCCUGCGUGGCUACCUUGUCAAUCACACACCCUAAAGCAUACCCCUGCUUUAGCUUCCAUUUUAUUCUAAAUGGGACCAUCAUUUACUAAAUAAAAAUCAGGCUGUGUUGAAGAAGACUUCAAACUAGCGACUGAGACCAUAAACUCAUCAGGCAAGUGUUUACUGAGGAAUAAAUCAGCUGAGCAGAAGCCUGAUUUUCAUAGAAUUCUGUACAAUCUGAUUUAUUUUGCAGCCCCCUGCUGGCCAUCAGAAAGAAUGAGGGUUUGUGGCACUUCAGCACUGGCUUCACUUUUCAGACCCAGAGGUUCCCUCUUGGACUGUAUUAGGGAGGGCCAGAUCCUAGUACAGCUCUCAGUAUAACUCUGGCACUGGGUUAAAAUGUGACAGUUCAAAUCCCAUCCCAGUCAUUUGAUAAUGUAGCCUAGUGUAUUAUGUUAAAUGGAAAACAUUUUUUUGUUAGAUGUUUGUUUCAUAGUGCAUGUUAGCACAACAUAAUUUCAAUUUUACAGCAUUUUGUGCUUUCUUUUUAUUGAUUAAUGACUGAGACCAAACCAGAUCAUUAAGUAGAUGCUAGAGUUUUUAUAUUAGACAAAUAAUCUGCUCAGUUAUGCAAUCGCAAAAGUAUGAAAUACUAGAUAAAUCAGCUGCCUUAUUGUUAGCUUGUUAGAUGGGGUGUACAUGGAUAUGCUUCAUAGUUGCAAUGAUUUUUCUUUGUUUUAUUUGUCUCUGUUUACUUUGUGUGUACUGUGCAAGGAAAGUCGACCUCUGAUGAUCCUGGCGACUGUGACAUAAAGGCUUUACUCAGUGUUUAAAAAGAUACAAUAUUUGUGUGUUAUCUUUUAGGUCAUCUACUUUAAGUUAUCAUGUUAAAGAAAAGGUUUAAUUCAGUUUCAGUAUUAGUCCGUAAUCAUCUUAUAAAUGUAUGAAACAAUUAAACAAUUUCAGAAUAUGUUUGGUAUCAUGCAUUUUAGUGGAAACCUUUUUUCCCACCGAUGGAUCAUUAGCUGCCUUGUCAAUUUAGCAAAACGUAUUAUCAUAAAGUUCUUGUAGAAUUUGGGUAAAAUUUGAAGUUUUAGAGCGAGUGCCAAUACAUAACAAUUUCAAACAAAUCACAACCCUGUUUCUGACAAUGUUGCACUUAUUCGUAUGUCAGGAAAUGCAAGUGUAAGAAUUACAUAUUUGGUGAUCAAAGGUGUGUUUUUUUUUUUAAAUGUAGCAAUAAUAAGAAAAACUGUAACUGUACACUUCAAAGCAUGGACAAUGUUGUCAUUUAUUUAUUGUAUCUUAAGUAUACUGUUUGCUUUUGUGCUGCACCCGCUGUCUAGUAAUCAACCUGAUGCUAUUUAUUUAAACAGGUUAUGUAUAUGCCAUGAUAGGAUAGAAAUGCAAUAAAAGAUUCUGAGAAAUUGUUUCAGAUGAUUAAAUUCA